AUGAUAGUGGAUGAGAAAGUAGUCGUCGAUGAAGCUAGUAAGAAAUUGGUCGUCGGCGGUAGUAGACAAGGAGUUGGUUCUUCAAUUUUUGCAACAGGUCAACUUUCGGCAAACUUUUAUGCAAGCUCAUGCCCUAACUUUAGCUCCAUUAUAUCAAGUGCUGUGAACUCUGCGGUUUCAAAUGAAGCUCGAAUGGGUGCUUCUUUACUUCGUCUUCAUUUCCAUGACUGCUUUGUUAAUGGGUGUGAUGCAUCGGUGCUACUCGAUGAUACUGCAAAUUUUACGGGAGAAAAAACAGCCAUACCUAAUAACAAUUCAUUGAGAGGAUUUGAUGUAAUUGACACCAUCAAAAGUCAAUUAGAAAGUUCAUGCCCUGGUGUUAUCUCUUGUGCCGAUAUAGUAGCAAAGGCUGCUCUUGAUUCUGUUGUAGCACUUGGUGGCCCAAGUUGGAACCUGGUGUUUGGUCGGAGGGACUCAACUACGGCUAGUUUGAGUGCAGCUAAUUCGAACAUUCCGGCACCUACUUUGAACCUUAGUGGUCUUAUCACCUCCUUUUCAAACCAAGGUUUUACUACUAAUGAAAUGGUUGCUCUAUCAGGAUCUCAUACAAUUGGGCAAGCAAGAUGUACUAUAUUUCGAGCUCGCCUUUAUAACGAGAACAACAUAAACUCAUCAUUUGCCACAUCACUAAGGGCCAAUUGUCCUUCAAGUGGCGGCGACAAUAACUUAUCUCCCUUAGAUGUUGCUUCACCUACGUCAUUUGACAAUGCAUACUUCAAUAAUUUGUUGAACCAAAAUGGUCUAUUGCAUUCGGAUCAACAACUUUUCAAUGGUGGUUCAACUGAUGCUCAAGUGAGAACUUACAAUGCGAAUUCUGCAACCUUUUUGACAGACUUUGCAAAUGGAAUGCUCAAGAUGAGUAAUCUUAACCCCUUGACCGGAUCUAGCGGUGAGGUUCGGACCAAUUGUAGAAGAACCAAUUGAUUACUCCCAGCAUUUGUAAGAUGAAAUUUAUUUUUCCAAAAAUAAUGUUAAUCUUAAAAUAUAUUUGUCUUUUGGAUUUUUUUUUGUAUUGUCGUAUUCAAUGUAGAAGCUCACAAGUUUUUCUUUGUGUUCUCUUUUGUGCCUACAAAUAUGUGAAUUUGGAAAAAUAGGGUUUACCUAUUUUCUAGAAACCGUGUUUUCUCAUUUUGAACACACACAUUCAUGAC